UGACCAUCUUUUCACAGUUCUUAUACACGUAAGAUCAUGAAUUGAAGUUGUAUUACAUAAGAUUUAAGAUAAGAUUGGAUUAUUACCCAAUUAGAUUUUGUUUUCAGAUUGUGUAAUAUUAGGAUACCGACAUAUGAUUUAAUGCGAACUUUGGACUCACAAGAACACUGCAACUACCAAGGCAACUCAAUCUCUCUCACUUGUUACGCAUCACACAGAAACAGUCGUGAUUGGGCAUGAUUAUACGCAAACGCACAACACGAGUUCGUGAAAGAACCGAGUGCACUUUUUGGGUAUAGUUAUAACAUGCACUGUACAGCAGUGCUGAGAUUCGGCUGCCGGUAUUUUGUUGCUCCGAUUGCAGGUCAGUUCGCAGCUGUAAGUCUACAAAUAUGCCACUCCACCUCAUCGUGCUUGUAUUGACGUUAAUCGCGAGUGAUUUGCAUUGUGGAAAUGGCGCGAGGAUAUUGGGUGUAUUCCCGAUGCCAUCGAUCAGCCAUCAGGUAAUAUUCCGCAAACUGACUUUGGAAUUGAAUAAAAGAGGCCACGAGCUCGUCGUGUUAACGCCAGAUCCGGUCAACGAUACGACCUUGAAGAACUACAAGGAAAUAGACCUUCAUUUUCUCUACGAUAGCCUUGAUUUGGGAAAUCAUAUAGAUAUACGAGGAAAGAUUGAUUUCGUUGACAUGUUCAAGCAUUAUGAAGCUUUGUCGUGCUUUCAUACCAAUGAAGUAUUCAAUCAUCCGGAGUUUCGAAAAUUGUAUGCGCCCAACAGCGGUGAAAACUUUGACUUGAUAUUGUUAGAGACUUUUGUGUAUCCUGCAUUCCUGUCUCUUGCAGAACGAUUCAAAGCUCCGAUAAUCGGGAUCGCCAGUGCCGGCUUACAACUGAGUGUUCAAUACGACAUCGGCAAUCCCAUUCUGCCUUCUCAUCCGUCGAAUUGGAACAAAGAUAUGAGAGAUUUUGGAGCCUGGGUACCAUGGGAGCGGUUGGAUAACUUUAUCAAAGCUUGGAGACACAUUUACUACUACAGAACAGAAUUUUUGCCGAAACACCAGGCAAUCGCGGAGAAGCACAUGGGAAUCGAUAUCCCGCAUCUCGGUGACAUCCAUAAAAAUAUCAGUUUGAUUUUCGUUAAUCAACAGGGUCCAAUUUCUUUCGCUAGACCGAACCUUCCAAACAUCAUUGAAAUUGGAGGUUUUCACGUGUCAGCAUCGAUCAAGCCGUUAUCAAUGGACCUGCAAAAAAUUCUCGAUAACGCUACCCAGGGUUUUAUUUACAUGAGUCUUGGAUCAAACGUAAAGAGUAACAUGCUAAAGGAGGAAACACGCAAUGAAUUCAUAGCUGCGUUUUCUGAACUACCCUACAAAGUGAUUUGGAAGUUCGAGGAUGAAGUACUUCCGAAAAAACCAGAUAACGUAAUCGCAAUGAAGUGGGUUCCUCAACAAGCUAUCCUAGCUCACCCCAACCUGAAGGUGUUCAUCUAUCAGGGUGGACUCCAGAGUACAGAGGAAGCCGUUUCACACGCCGUUCCUCUGAUCGGCUUGCCGGUCUUCGGUGACCAAGAUAUGAAUGUCGACAAAAUGGUAUCCCUUGGUGUCGCUAAGAAGCUCGAGAUCACUGCUGUCAAAAGGGACAAUCUACUGGAAGCAAUUCGUACCAUCGCCCUGGACAAAGGGUACAAGCAGCGGAUGUUGACUUUACGAUCGCUGUUGAACGAAAAACCACGCGAUUCGCUCGAGAACGCAAUUUGGUGGACGGAACACGUUAUACGUCACAGAGGCGCUCCGCAUCUGCAUUCCUCGACGUCCGACGAGCCUUGGUAUCAGCGCCAGGACAUAGACAUCGUCGCGUUUAUAUCUGCAAUAUUUGUCAUCACUCUCAUAUCGUCAUUGGUUAUUCUAUACAAGUCUCUGAUUUACUGUCUAAACGCAUUAACCCGAAAUUUUACAAGAUCAGUCGGCAAAGACAAGAAAGGAAAUUGAUUCUUUUCUCUUUCUCAACAAUUUGUUUCUAAUUGACCAUCUUUUCACAGAUUUUUAUGAACUUAAGAUCAUGAAUUGAAGUUGUAUUAAAUAAGAUUUAAGAAACGGC